AUAUGACUGCGCUCAGGAGUUUGUCUCAAGGAGUUCUACGGAAUCGAGUGUCAUUUAAUAAUGCAUUUAAACAGUGCGAUAAUUUUAAUGGGAAACCAUUAAGAAAUAAACACUCUUUAUUUGAUAAGUAUUUUUCCACGAAUACAGGUUCAAGUUACAGAAGUAAAUGGAAAUUAUGGUCUUGCGUAAUCGGAACAGGGGUAUUGGGUUCGAUCUUUCUGUUUAAUAAACAGAAGUAUGUUUUGAAUGCAGAUUUUCCAGGACAGUCUAUACCUCCAACAAAACAGAUCCGUUUUGAUGAAGACAAAACAAACCUGAAGUUGACCUUGUUCCAGUUUGUUACAUGUCCUUUUUGCUGUAAGGUUCGAGCUAUGUUGAACUACAAUGGAAUCUCUCAUGACGUUGUUGAGGUUAACUCUAUAACAAGAAAAGAGAUCAAAUGGUCCAAGUACAAGAAAGUCCCGAUCAUCAUCAUAGAAGGAGUGGGAGAGGAUGGAUACCUGCAAGUGAACGACUCAUCUGUGAUAAUGAGUUUGCUAGAAAGCCACCUUUUUGACAAAUCCGUUCCCCUGGAGAAACUUUCUACAUACUUCCCAGUCAUAGAGAAAAAAACAGGAGGUCGAUUCUUCAGUCGUACAGUCCAGGAAUGCCCAAACAAGAACUUUGUGAUGUACCAAGAGCAUCUAUCAGACAAGAGAACUCCCGAGGAGAGAGCUGAUGAGAGAAAGAUGAGGAUUUGGGUGGACACAGUGUUUGUACAUUUGAUCUCCCCCAAUGUUUACCGUACCCCUAGGGAGGCCCUAGACACAUUUAACUGGUUCUCCACAGCCGGAGAUUGGGAAACCAAUUUUUCUAACUUCCAGAAAAAUACCAUUAUCUACAUAGGAGCCUUUGUAAUGUACCUUGUUGGAAAAAAGCUUAAAAGGAAACACAAUCUCCAGGAUGAUGUCCGUACGUCACUUUAUGAAGGCGGCGACACAUGGGUCAGGAAUCUGAAGGGGAGAAAAUUCAUGGGAGGGGAUCAUCCCGACUUAGCAGACUUGUCCAUGUAUGGAAUGUUAACAGCUAUGGAAGGAACGGAAGCAAUGAAGGACAUGUUGUCUCACACUAAAAUCAGGCCAUGGUUUGAGAGAACUAAGAAAGCUGUGAAUGAUCAUGAAGGAGCCCACCGCACCCGAGAUUUAAGUGUUCCAUAGGGACCUGGCAGGCAAUCAGAAAUGCCAUUGUUUUGUCAGCCAAUCAGAAAUAUCGUACCUUCCAUUAACAAGAUAUAUUUGACUUCUGAACUCCACUGUCUACUUAUUUAUAACAUUAUAUGUUAUUUAUGGAUUAAAAUGGACUCAAAGUGGUAAACAUAUUAUUUGAAGUGUUUUUAAACAGAAAAACAAUAUCCUGUGAUAACUGAGAAAAUUACCU